ACUAUCUCCACUACCGCGACCAUCCACCACCUCCUGACACCAAGACCAUCUCUUCUGUGCAUGCCCAUCGACACAAGCUUCCGCCGCCCAUCUGCAGGCAUGAUGUUACCCUUGAAGCGUCCUCGAGACGCAGACACUGGCCCAGGCAGGCAUGGGUCCGAUGGACGUGGAGGGACACAGAGCGGGUCAUCCUCUGCCUCUCCACAUCAGCAGGCCAAGACCGACUCAGCAUCACCUGCCUCGUCAGUACAUCGUGCAGAAACGUCUGCUUUCUCUUGUGAGAGAUGUGCAAAACGUAAGGUCAAGUGUGACAAGCUUCAGCCUCGCUGCUCCGCCUGUGUUCGGCAAGGAGCUGAAUGCACGCCUUCACAGCCGACCUCUGCAGACAGACCUCGCAAGAAGCGCUUCCCAGAAGCCGAGCUGCUACACAGAAUCGACGUAUAUGAGCGGGCACUUCGUCGCCUUGGACUCGACGUGGAUGAGGUGAGGGAGGGCAAGGCGGACUUGUCGCUCGCAAGCGCUUCACCUGCUUCUCAGCAGCAGAGAGCCCGUCGUAAUGGCACAACAACUCGCGACCCUUCGCCUGCAGAAGCGCACGAGGAUUACAAUCAGUUCAGUGCCCUCUUCAAAGAUUGCGUGGACGGAAAGAAGACCGUCGAUACAGACGAAGGCAAGAAUCCGGAGCGUCACGUCCUCAAGUUUCUCGACGAGGUUUGGCAGGAGGAUGGCUCUCUCUCUCUGCUGUAUCCGCCGGGAGAUGCUGCGGAUGAAAGAGCAGCCGCUCCUGACCAUCCAUCACCUUUCCAGAUACUCAAUCUCUGGCAAGUCUAUCUGGACAAUGCUCAUCCUGUCAUCAAGGUGCUCCACGCGCCUACCAUGCAGAAAAAGGUCGUUGACAUGGUUGCCAAACUUAGCGAGCAUGGCUCCAAAGACGACGUCGCCCCCAACGGCAGUGUCAAUCACAGCAAGCCGUCUUUCACCGCAUCGGAUCAGGCACUCAUCUUCGCCAUGUACACUGCUGCCGUCUGCAAUUGUCAUCCCGAAGACUUCAAGUCAGCUAUCGGUACUACCCGCUCAAGGGAGGAGUGGAUGCAGCAAAUGCGCAAGGCAACACGCUACUGGCUCUACAAGUGCAACAUCUAUCGCACUUCUGAAUUGCAAGUGCUGCAAGCUCUCAUACUCUUCCUGAGCGUUCUUGGUGCUGCAAUGGACCCACGAACCCUUUGUUCCUUUACAGGACUGAGCGACAGGCUGGCUCGCAGGAUCGGCCUUCACCGCGACCGUCCCGCAAAAAGCGACUCGGACCCCGUCGAAGUGGAAAUGCGGCGCCGCAUAUGGUGGGAGGUAGUCUUGCUCGAUCAGAGGGCACUUGAAAAGGCAGGACUUGGAUCUAGCGGUCUCGACAAUAACUGGAGAGUACGACUGCCUUCCGGAGUUGGGGACACCGAUCUUGCUACCCAUAACGGUCCUGCUACUCCGCGGGGAACGGCUAGUUCCGAAAUGAUCUUCUUCCUUGUGCGCUGCGAGAUUGCAUCUUUCCUCCAUGAGAUCCGUCUCAGUCAAGGCAGAGACGUUGGCUGGACUGAAUUCUCGACUCCCCAGAGGUCACUGAAGGACAAGAUCGCUCAGAUCGACGAGCUUGAACAGCUGAUGCAGGAAAGAUACCUGGUUCACUGUGACCCAGUCCAUGCUAUACAGAGACUAGCGAUUGUCUUCUGCCAAGGUCUCUUGAGCAAGAUGCGGUUAUCUGCCUACAUCAGCGAGGAGUCACAACAAGCCAGAAGUGCUGGAGAUGCUCAAAAAGGCUCGCAAGGCGCAAAUGGUACCAGUGGCACGAGACCUGCCGGCUCUCAAGCGGCACACCGUUUGACUCCUUCCACGAUUGCGCUGCGCACAGACAUGAUCACUCUAUGUACCGACGCACUUUCCCUGGUGAACGAGCUGCUGUGCGAUCCCGCGUUACGCAGAUUCCACAGCUUCCUGCACGGCAACAAGCCCUUUGUGGCUGUGCUCCACCUGCUGAGACUGUUGAGGGACCAUACUGAAGGCCCGCCGGUAGAGAGGGCAUGGCAGGUCCUCAAUGAAGCGCAAUGGAUGUUCAAAGGCACCACUUCGGCAAAGUGUCUGGACAAAGCACCGAUGAGGGUGAGAACGCUCAUAUGUCCUCUACUGUUGACGGCAUGGGAAGCUCGAAAAGCCGCAAAGGGGCAGAGUGGCAGGGAGGAUCCUCCUUGGAUCGCGAAUAUCCGGAUGUACGCCGCCAGGGCAUUCAUGCCGGAGCAGCUCGAUGCUCGUCCAGACGCAGCAGGAAGACAAGGAAUUGGAGCAAGCAAUGGCAUCUCAACAGCACAAGCUGCCCCUCGGGAGCUGGCUGUAGCCCAGACGCUGGCUUCGCAAAUGAUCGACCAGAAUAGCUUGUUUACAGACAGCGACGGCCAACCGCUCGAUGUGGCAGCAUCCGAAAGGCUGAUCCUGCCUCUCGACGAGUCCCUCUCUGCCCCAUCCAUUGGCUUUUCAUCGUCUACGGCAUUGCUCGACAACGACUUUGACUGGGAGGAGUGGUUCCGUUCGUCUCUGCUGGGCGAAGCGUCUUUCAUGAGUGGUGGUGUGGUGGUAUAGAGGAGUCGUCUUGGACGCUGCUCUCGACGGAAGCGACAAUGUCAACAAUUAAUGGACCAAAGACGAGGACGACGACGC